AUGGGGAGAUUGAAUAUUAAUCAGCAAUAUGGCCGCACCAAAAUAACAACACAACCGGUUAAUUUACAUGCAAUAUACUUCAAUUUUUUAGUUUCACUAUCGGUAGUCACGCCAACCUGUGUGAAAAUCAAUUUUAUUUCAAUCUCCUCUGCAAUAGCAGGUGGUCAAAAAUGGCGAAUCAGGAAUGGUUUAGCAGGAGAUGGUUUGGCCAGUGGUCCACUUACAGAUCUACCAGACUGGUCAUACAUUGAUGGACAACCAUCUCCAGAAAGCAAGAGACGAAAGAAAAGACAAAAUACCAGACAUAGAGAGUCUGAACGUAUCAUGCAAUAUCUGAAAGAAGUUGAUGAGAAAAAACCAUCAAAUCCUGGGGAUUCAAUCUCUUAAGCUUUGUAGAGAAGCCCCAA